AUGGCGUUAAAUAUACGUACAGUUUUUCUGUACGUAUCGGCCUCCAUCUUCUUCCUCGCGUCUCUCUGUCACCUACUCUUACCAACCGCCUCCAUCUCCCCCAAUCUUCUACGCCGUUCUUCCCCUUCCAACCCCCAACUUUACAUUCACAAUAACCUAAUCACCCAUGAACAAGAGGAAGAUACGACCACCACCAUCACCACCGUCACCAGUCAACCUCCUUGUGAUCAAGAUCCCCGGAUAAUUCAGGAAGAAAACAUGAACUCGGUUGGAUUCAAUGCCGAUGGUAUGAUUCAGUUUGAACCACAACUCCCUAACAGUCGGAGCAUUUCGACUGAAAUCGAAGGUACUGUUCUAUCUAACGCUACCAAUACCAUCACCAGCCAAGCUGAUGAUGAUGAUGAUGAUGAUGAUGAGCGUUUUGUUUCGGAAGCAAUCGAUAGCAAGAAUUAUUCGAUGUAUGUGUCUCCGAAGGCUGAUUCAUCGAAUACGAAUGUUUCGGUUUUGUUUCCAUCUUGGGAGACCCUUGUGAUUGUAUCUUCAGAGGAUGGAGAUGAUAACAAUUAUACAUCCUACUUCUGUUUAUUUGAUACGAAUGAGAUUUCUCCAGCUAGGUUUUCAGGCACGUUGCCGUAUCCGGAUCGGAAAACGUUCACGUGCGAGCUCCCAAGGCGUGUUCGCCGGAAACAGCCGUUCCGUCAGCCAGUCCUCACAAAAACGCCGGAUGACGAUAAGAUGAAGUACAACCGGUUGCUUUCACAGUCGCCGGAGCUCUUCCGAUGGAACUUCAUCGUCUACGAUGUCAUCGAAACCGAGAACGACGUCGUUUUGCUGUCGAAAGGGAUCAACAAACGCCAAGGAAUCAACCGUAGCCCAACGGAAUUCAAAUGCCUUUUCGGUGACGAUACUGUUGACGGCGUUAGGACUUCCGUUACAAGUUCGCUGCAAGAAGUCUUCCGAUGUCAACGCCCCGACUUAACGGCGUUUAGUCAGAAUCCAAUCAAAACCUCCCUCUUGAUCCUUCAACCCAACCAGUUGCUUCCUUCCAUAGCAUACUACACACCCCAGCGCAAGAUAGCAACUGGUGGCGCAAAGUCGCUAUUGUGCGCAUGUACCAUGGUCUACAAUGUAGCCAAGUUCUUGAAAGAAUGGGUGAUUUACCAUUCCAAAAUUGGGGUCGAUAGAUUCAUCUUGUACGACAAUGGUAGCGAUGACAACUUGGACAAAGUCGUAAUUUUGCUCAAAUCGAAAGGGUACGACAUCGAAACUCGAUUUUGGAUAUGGCCAAAGACUCAAGAAGCCGGUUUUUCGCAUGCAGCAUUGCUCGCCAAAGACUCGUGUCAUUGGAUGAUGUACACCGAUGUCGACGAGUUCGUAUACUCCCCAUUAUGGGCCUCAUCACAACCAUCGAAACUUCUCUUACCGUCCCUUUUGCCAACAUAUCCACACGGGCAACUGAUCAUCAAAUGUUACGAGUUUGGUCCCUCGAAUCAAGAAAAACACCCGCCAAUGGGUGUAACGCAAGGUUACAAUUGUCGAAAAGAAACGGAAAACCGGCACAAGUCGAUCGUGUUGCUUGACGCGAUCCAUGAAUCGUUGUUGAAUGUGAUUCAUCAUUUCAAGCUAAAAGACGGGUACAAGAGUAAGAAAAUAGGGAUGGAAACGAUGGUUGUGAACCAUUAUAAGUUUCAAGCGUGGCCGGAGUUUAAGGCGAAGUUUAGAAGACGGGUGUCGGCUUACGUUGUGGAUUGGACUCAAUCGGUGAAUUUGCAAUCGAAUGAUCGGACUCCGGGACUCGGGCAUCGGGCGGUGGAGCCGGAAGGAUGGGUGGAGAUGUUUUGUGAAGUGUAUGAUGAUAGGUUAAAAGAUUUAGCGAGUAGAUGGUUUACGAUGGUUGAUGAACGAUCGGAGUUUCGUAUGGCUUGGCAAAUAUGA